UCAUAUCCUGCCAGCUUAUUAUGUAGGGGGAAUGAGAAAAUGAUCUCCCAUGAUUUGUAGCACAAAUAACCUCGUAUAACAACUAAAUAGAACAUAACCACAUCAUUUAACUGUAAGGGUAUACUUGUGAAAGAAACGCUAUAAUGGCGGCUUAUGUUUCAUGCUGUUUCAGCUGUUGUGAAGACAAUAACAGCGGCCACGUAACACUGAAGGAGAUGCCCACGGUUCAGCUGGACACUCAUCACAUGGGUACUGAUGUUGUCAUUGUAAAGAGUGGAAGACGCAUAUGUGGAACUGGUGGUUGCAUCGCAAACGCCCCUCUCCAUCAAAACAAGAGCUACUUUGAGUUCAAGAUUCAGUCCACAGGUGUCUGGGGAGUAGGAGUGGCAACGCAGAAAGCAAAUCUGAACCAGAUCCCUAUGGGUAGAGACCUGCACAGCCUUGUGCUCCGGCAAGAUGGCACCAUGUACCACAACAAUGAAGAGAAGAACCGAUUACCUGCAAACAGCUUACCACAGGAAGGAGACAUUGUGGGUGUUACGUAUGACCACGUGGAGCUGAAUUUGUACCUAAAUGGGAAGAAUAUGAACUGUCCAGCAUCAGGUAUUAGAGGAACUGUUUAUCCUGUAGUUUAUGUUGAUGAUAGUGCAAUUCUGGAUUGCCAGUUCAGUGACUUCUACCAUCCUCCUCCGCAAGGCUACCAGAAGAUUCUGUUUGAGCAACAGAUCUUCUAAAGUUCAUGAUGUGCUACUCCACAGCUGGGAUUUGAAGUGCUAUGGUCAUGAGUGACUUCCAAAGAUUGUGUGGCUCAAAAAACUGAAAGAAGUUGAAGUAAUGUCAUCUGUGAUUUUGACUCGUGUAAAACUGUCACAUAUCUGGCCAUUACUACUUAAUUGAAAAAGUCAUUCUACGUUUUUCAGAUAAAUUGUAUUAUAUCAUCUGCCCAGUAAUGGUCUGUGCACUGAUCUCAAAACAUAUGUCUUUAGUUUACCCUUAAUCAAACACUGUACAUUUACUCAUAUACAGUAUUAACAGUGCACUUUUGUCCUGCUUUAAUCUAUGCCCUGUCUGUGAAACCAGGCCAUGAAUUUGUGUUUUAAGGCUGGUUUGAAUACAAAAACGGGCAAUAAUGGAGUAACAUAUUACAGCUGACAAUCAUGACUUUAUGCUUUAUGCAUUUCAAGAGAACUAAGUGAUGCUGACCAGAAAUGCUGAUACUGACUUAAAAUACUGUCUCUGUUCUUCUUAUUGUUUGUCUGAUUUCUUUUUUGUCUGUCUGAUGUAUGACCUGCAGCUGCACUCUCCAUAUACAUCAUAAUGACUUGGUUUUACACAAGCUCUACAAAAACACAUAUAUAAAAAAUUUUAUGGAGUUUAUAUUUGGUUGUAUUUUCCAUAUUAUCUUGCGGUUGAUAUACACUGUCUUCUCAUUAUUGCGGUUUCUGCAAAGCAUUUAGUGUGACUAAUACAGUAUAUUAAGAAAAUGUGAGACAAUACAAGAGGAUAAGAAAUGUAAGGGUUAUUUACCUUAGAUAUUUAAUAAUGUAUUUUUUCUCUAAUUAUUAAUUGUUGCAACUGAUCACAAAACUGUUUUUAAUAAGGGAAUAUUGAAAAUAAUGUUAUUUUUGUAUGUUAUAAGCUGACAGGUCUUAGUUGUCUAAAGGUUUUUCUUCUGUCAUUUGUUCAGAAACACACUGUAUUUACCUUACCAUAAUAUAAGACUUAAACAUG